AUGUUUGCUUGUCAUAACUCAGAUACAUCUAUAAAUCCUACAGAAUCAUAUUUACAUGAUUUGCAAUUGUACAAAUAUUACCCAGUAGGAAAUUUUUCAUUGAAAGAAUUAGAAUCAAUAUGUAUGCAACGUAUAGAAGUUCUACUGUUUGUAGAAAGGAUAUAUAUAGGCACUGGUAUAAGAAGAACAGCACAACAGUGUAAGGAAAUAUUAAUAAAUGAAUUGAAAAAAAAAGGUUAUGAUAUAUUUGUAAAAAUUAUAAAUGGUCCUAGGAAAGAACUAGGAUCAGAUGUUAAAGUGAUGAAUGAAAUAUUGUACUUGAGAAAACAAGAUCAUAUUUCUCAUUUUAUGUUAAGAGGAGUUUUUUCAAUAUAUGAAAGAAAAUGGUUUCACAUUCAAGAAUUAAGACUUUUUUAUUGGAGAUUAUAUACAUCAACUAAUGAAGAGAUCAAAGAAUUUUUUAAUGUUAAUAAAUUAAAAACACAUAAUAUUUCUGAGGAAGAUAAAGAAGAACUGCAAGAAUAUAUUCAAUUGAAUAAUUUACAUAACGAGCCUUUUUACAAGGUCCCAUUUACAUUUGUUAUAGAUUUAGUUGAAACGCAUAAGGUUUUUCUUAAAUAUGGUAUGGCUUUUGUACCUGAAAAAGAAUUAGCUGGAUUAUGUUUUGGUUACUUCAAGGAAAAUUUAGCUGAAGGUUUAGAAUCCAUGCCAUUAGUUGCAAACGAUGCAGUAAAUGAUCCUAGAAUCAAUAAAAUCUUUAACAUGUUAACUGAGUAUAUUAAUAAGGAAAAGGAUAUAAUAAAAAAAAACUAUGUCCCAUCGCUAUCAGAAUUAGACGAUAUGUCAAAAAAGUCUUAUCCAUUAUGUAUGAGAAUAAUUCAUGAAAUGCUAAGAAAAGAUCAUCAUCUUAAAUAUGGAGAGCGUAAACAGUACAGUUUAUUUUUAAAAGAUAUUGGAGUUACUUCAGACGAUGCCAUGGAACUUUGGAAACAAGAAUUUACAAAAAAAAUAAAUGAAGCAACAUUUGAAAGAGAGUAUGGAUAUCGAUUAAGACAUAUAUAUGGCGAAGGAAAUAUACGGAAAACUUAUACCUGUUUGAAAUGUUCAAGUAUUAUCAAUCUUAAUAUAAAAUCAACAGAAUCUUAUGGUUGUCCAUUCAAACAUCUAACAAAUGCAUCACUUACACAAAAAUUAAAUGAGUACGAAUUUGUACUUGAAGAUAUUGAAGAUAUUGUAAAAUUAUCAUCAAUGAAAAAUUACGAAGGAGCAUGUAAAAGAUAUCAUGAAAUCACACAUAAUUGUAAUAUAUAUGGAACAUUUAAUUCUCCUGUUAAUUAUUUUUUUGGAAGUCGAAUGAAAUUAUAAUAUAGCAAUAUUAGAAAUAUACAUAUAUAUAUAUAUAUUGCAUUUUAUACUGAUAACAUUUAACACGUAUAAAUAAUAAAAUUCAUCUCGAAAUCUUAUCAUAGAUUAAAAAUAUGUAUAAACUACGCAAUUACCAAUUAUUUAUUAUACUUCCGAAAUCCAAUCAGUUUACUUUUAUCUUAUGCGUUAAAAAAAAAAAACAAAAAAAAAGAAAAAAAAAUCAUCUUAUCGCCAAUCGACGUAUGAAGAAUUUACAUAAUAUUAUUUCAACGACAUCUAUAACGUAAUCUAUCGUUCACAGAGAACAAAAAAUUAAAAAAAGAAGUUAACUGAGAAAAACUAAAAAGAAUGAGAAAACAAAAAAAGAAAAAAGAAAAAAAAAUAGUAAACGUACGUAAUACUUGAGAAAUCAAACAAACAAUUCCGACAUCGCAUAGAUUCAUUCGUAAACAACGUUCGUCGUUAAAUAAUGAAUUAUAAUUUAUCGUCGUUUAAUUAAUGAAUUAAUUUAUAAUUUAUAUAUGUACCACGCCCAUGUGCGUUGUAAAGAGAUAAAAAAAAAAAUAGGAAAAAAAAGAAAAAGGAAGAAGAAAAAAAAAGAGGAAAAAAAAGAAGAAAAAAAAAAAAAAAAGAAAUGAAAUGGAAUUAACAUUUGGCGCUAAAUUUAGUCGUUUGAAUUUUCAAGGGCGCAGUUUAGCGUCACAUCUCACUCUCAUCAUAAUCCUAAGAUAGCACGUAGAUACUUUCUACUAUACCUAUAAAGAAUUUCGUAACGUUCGAAAUAUGAUUACAAACGAUUCAGUCGUUCGAAAAUUAAUCCGGGAGUGAUUUUGUGCCAUCUAUUCGUCACGGAAGAGACCCAAGUGAGAUCAUGUUAUCGUACGUUCGCCGUUAUUCAUCUGCCUAAAGUACCGACGAUCUUCAAGCCAAGCCCUUGUGACCUUUCCGUAGUCCGUGGUGACCUUCAAACGAAUUCAAGCGUGGAAAUUUGCGGCUCGUCGUCUAUCUGACUGAGCUGCGAGUGAUAGAAAACAAAAUUUUUUUUCAACACUCGUGACGAAGGAGGAGAGACGAUCGAGCG